AGGGCCAUUGCGCACAGUGGCGUGGCUGUGGGGGACGGUGUGUGCUCUGACCGCAUGCGGGAUCGCUCCUUCGCGCUUGGCGCCCACCUGGGCCUCAAGACAGGCGACGCCAAGCAGCUGGUGGACUUCCUGAGGAAACAGCCGCCGCAGCUGCUCGUUGAGAACGCCAUGUUCGGCCGCACUGAAGAGGAUAAGGCCCGCGGUGUGCUGUUCCCGUUCGUGGGCACAGUGGAACCAGCUGAUGCUGAGGGCGGGGCCUUCUUCCCGCGGGACCUCACGCAGCUGCUGCGCUCUGGGGACUUCCAGCAUGUGCCCCUGAUCAUGGGUGUCUGCACCAAUGAGGGCUCCGUCUUUGCUGCAGAGGUCGUACGUGACACGGUCCGCGAAUCCAGCUACGCUAAGAACCCCCGCCUGCUGAUCCCCACCAACCUGCGCUGCCCUGAAGCGGACAGGGACGACGUGGCCGAGGAGAUUCAGUGCUUCUACUUUGGAGACCGCGACAUCGGACCCGACACGCAAGUGGAGCUCUUCACACUUCUAGGGGACCUGAUGUUUACAUUUCACGCUGUGCGAGUGGCCAAAAUACACAGCUCCAAGCCGACAGCCCCAGCCCACUUCUUCGUUUUCCACUACACGAAUGAGCAUCUUCCCGAAGGGCCACUAGGAGAGGUGGCCCGAAAGCUCAGGGAGAAAUUUAACGGCGCUGGUCAUGGACAAGACUUCCCGUAUUUCUGCCGCGGCACCAUUUACGGAGAUCCACCGCCAAAAGAUACCUUCGAAGGGAAACUCGCCGAUCAACUGACGCGCCUCUGGACCAACUUCGCCAAAACAGGCCAAGUAGCAGACCCCGAGGUGGAGGUGUCAUGGCCGCCUUUCACAGAGAAGGAUCAAUGCUUCCUGCACAUCACCAGCGACGGGCUGAACAUAGCUAGGCGGCCGUUCGAGGAGCGGGUGGCCUUCUGGGACAAACUAUACGACCGAUACGACAGCUAG